AUGGACAGGUAGGCUUGCUAUAUUUACCCUCAUAUUCAUACUUAAACUAUCUAUAGAAGCAAAAGAUAGAGCAAGGAUAGUUUCUUAGAUUAAGAUGGCCUCAACGAGAUAAGGGGCUAGGGUUUAGUCUAAAGGUCCUAAAGAUAGCCAAGUCAAGGAGACAAUGGAAUCAAUUUGCCUGAAAUUCAAAAUGUCACAAAAAUGAAAUAGCCGUCAUCUACAAACAGAAAGAAAGAACUGGAACUCAAGAAAAAUGACCUUCAGGUUUAAAAUCAGUUACUAGGAAAUACAAAUCAACGAGCAUAUGCCUCAGGUUAACUCUAGCAAUCAAACAUUCUACCAAGCAUUAAUAUUAAUCAAUCCAAUUCAAGAGCAAGUGAAAGGUUACAAUAGCAAUAAUCCGAAGAGACAGCUUAAAAAUAUCUCAUAAAAUCCUGGUUCAAGAGGUUCAAAUAGAGGUUCAAGUCUCAUCACACCACAAAAUGCUUUAAACCAAACUGCAUCGCAUGGCAUGUAGAUUUUACUCCAAGGAAGUCAAAAUGUUCAGCCUUCAGCCUAAACCACUACCUUCGGUAAUUCUUAUUCAUAACAAAAAUAGAAAACUAUUUGAAGAAGGUAAUUAAAUCUGUGGAAAGAAGAAAGAAGAAGUCAUCUUAAUACAUGCUUUAAGACUUCAAUAACAAUACUUAAAGGCUUCCAAGCAUGAUGGAGAUAGAAGCUAAUCCAGAUCAAACAAAGAAUAACUCAUAUGGAAUUUUAGCUGUUAAUAAGACCACAACCUUUUAGAAUUUCUCUAAUUCCAUAGUUAGUUAGAAUAGGACAAAUGAGUUACAUAGUCAGGUAGCAAUGAUUGAAAUGUAAAAAAGCUAAAAGCAAAGACUUUAGUAAAUAAAGGACAACUAAUUAGCGAUUGUUGAGGAAUCUAGAGAUGAUUCUUAAUUUGCUAUAAUGGGUAAACUAGAGAAAUAGUUAGAUUAGAUGAGUGAAAAAUCUAGUAAAAAAUCAACUAAAGGAGCUCAUCCUUAUUAAGUAGCUUGUGGCAUAUCUUCUCAAAGAAGCUUAAAGAAGUAAGUAUUGGAUUUGAAAACAAAUAUAGAGGAAAAAAUUUUCAUUCCGUUGGAGAAAUCAACUGAUGUAAGUUCUGGAUAUAUGUACAAAGAAAUGAAAAAUCCCCCAGAAAAUCAUGCAGGAAUAGUAGUCUUUAGUAAAUAAGGAUUUGUAACUGUUGGAAAAGAAAAAAAUGCUACUUCUGAUUUCAUCUCAAAUGAAGAGUUCAUUCAAAAUGGAGUUAAUAAAUUUAUCCUCUCAGAUAUCCCUUUCUUCAAAAAGUUUUAGGCUAUGAGAAUAUUUAAACAAUGGAAGUAUAUCAUGAGAUGGAAUGUCUUCCAAAGGAAAAGAGUUAAGUUAGCUGAGAGCUUUUUCUUUGCCAAACCAAUAUUCUCUGAGAAAUAUCAAUCGCUCAUUACUAAUGUAAACACAGUUAGGACUUUGCCUUUCAUGGAGAUUAAGAAGAAUCUUAUAUAUGGCAAGAAAUAGCAAAGUAUGUUGGAUGAGCGAUGCAAACAAAAACUUGAAGAAAGCAAAGAUUAACUAGAUAAGCUUCUAAGUAGCAUUAAGAAUUAACUUAACACACUCAAGAAAGAAAUUUAAGACGAUGAUUAUAAUUUUGAGAUGGGAGUCAAGGAGAUCAAAGUCCAAGCAAUGAUCAAGCAAAAGACUAACGGUGAGGAGCUUGUGAUGUUUAGCAAAGCUAGAAAACAAAAGGAAAACUAGGAAGAGCAAUACAGGAUUUAGAAAAUAAGGCACAAUAUGUACGAUAAAUUUGUGGAAAUGAUCCUUAAAUUUGUUUGUGGAAAUCUAGUAGAACUACUCUAUGAAAACAAGAAACAAUUCAAAGAAAUCUUCAGAGAUGCUAAGAAUGGGCCGUAAUUUGAGGCUGCAGUUUGUUUCAAUUAAAAGGGAAAGCUUGAUACAGAUCCAUCAAUGGAAGACCAUUUUGUUAGUUUCCUUUUAAUUUUUGAGAACAUGGAAAAGGCUGUGUAUUAAAAUCAAAAUUUAAUAGAAUUCAUCUCAGAUAUUGUGGGUUAUCUAUUUAAAGAAAAAAAGAUAUAUUAUAAAUCGUAGUUCUAACAAAUGGAGGUAAUAUUGAAGCAAAAUUCACUGCAUCAAUCUAACGGAGAAUCAAUAUUUGAAACAUUGAAGAAAGAUAUAGAUAGAUGCAGAGAGUAUCUAGAGCAAUUUAUUCCUCUCUAGGAGAUUUAUGACUUCGCCCAGGAUUGGGAAGCAAACAAGAAGGAUUAGUAAUUAUCCUCAGAGAUGGGAUUUUACAAGGAAACUUGGCUAAUGAUGGAUAGAUAUAAUAGCAUGAUUGAAAAAAUUCCCCCUGGAAAUACAAAGCUUGGAACAAUUUUAGUGGAAACUCUUAGUUUAAAAAAAUAUCUUUCUGAACUUCCAAAGAAAGUAAUUGAUUCAAUUAGACAUAAUGUUACCUUAACAAUGGAAACUGAGACAAAAUCGUUGAGAGAAGAGCUUUCUAAGACUUCUGAAAUCCUAGAUUAACUUCCAACAAGUUUAAAUGUAUAUGUCGAGCAAGUUAAUACAUUGAAAUAUGUCAAAGAAAAACAGGAAGAUUUUUCACAAAAAUUUUAAACAAUUAACAAGCUUCAUUAGUUGUGCAAAUAAGAUAAUAUCAAAACUGCUGCAGAAGGUUUAAGUCAGAAUAAAGAUACAAUGGAAAAAAUAAUGCAAAGUUCGUCUUUAGUUCUCUCUAAGAAAAUCAAAGCUUUUGAAAAGAAAUAUGUUGAAACUUAUCUUCAAGAUAAAACUAGGCUAGAAGAUUGUGCAGAUACCUUAGAGGAAUUAUUCAAAAGAUCAAAGGCUAUUCACGAAAUUAGAUCAAAAGUUAUUCUAUACAAAGAAUUUCUUAAGCUUUUGUAUGAAGAUGAUCCAGAUGCAGAAGAAAAAUUAAAGAGAAACAAACUUCAAUGUGCAGAUGACUAUGAAUUUGUUUAGUCAAUUCAUAAAGAAACGAUUAAACUUUGGAAGAUGCUUCUAUACUGGAGAAAGAGAAGAUAAAUGUGUUACAAUUCACCUUUCUUACAACUUGAUACAAAUAAAAUAAUUAGAUCUAUCAACAAAAUCAACAGAUAUUUUGAAGAAAAACUAUCCAAAAAUGAGUUUUUAAAAGAAAAAAGCAGACCUCUUUGCAAAGUUGUAAUUCUUCAAGUUAAAGAAACCUCUUUGAUAAUUGAAUUUCUUAAGGAUCUCAGAAAAGAAUCGCUUUAGCAAAGACAUUGGCUACAGAUUUUCAAUUUGAUAAAAGCUCCUCACUUGAAAAAUUCUAGCAAUUUUACAAUCGUAAAUCUUAGAGAAUAUCACAUUCAAAAUUACAGAGAGGAAAUUGGGGUUAUUAUUGAGCAUGCCAACACUGAGUUAAAGUAUGAAAAAAUAUUUAAAUCAAUUAAAGAUGAAUGGGAGCAACUUGAACUCAAAAUUAUUCCUUACAAAGAGACAAUGGAUUCUUACAUUCUUAUUAAUACAGAUACUUUAAGCAAUGCAAUAGAGGAAAAUUUAACUACACUAGAAACAAUCAGCUAAUCAAAAUAUGCUGAACAUGUAAAGGCAGAUAUUGAAGAUUGGGUAAAAACCCUAAAGGUUAUGCUUAAAAAUCUAGAAAUAUGGGUCAAUGCCUAAAAGCAUUGGAUUAAUUUAGAUCCAAUUUUUUAAUCUGCUCAGCUUGAAGAUAUCCUAGGCAUAUUAUAAAAGAAAGUCCAUGACUAUCUUGAGUAAAGAAGACUAGCAUUUCCUCGAUUUUUCUUUUUAUCUGAUUCUUAAUUCUUAGAAUUCCUGACUUUAGCAAAUUCAAAUUAAGACUUUAAUGAUUAUAUAAACAUACUCUUCUAAGGAGCCUAGUGCUUAUAUAUAAAUCGAGUACUCGGACUAAAGAAGAAUGAAGUAAUUGAUGAUGAGCUUGUAUUAUAAAUCGGUAAUACUUUAAAAAUUGAAGAUGGAAUUAAUGAUUUGAGAGUAAAAGAUACAAUAUCUGAAAGAAAUACAAUAGAAGACAGUCCCAGUAAAAAGUCUCCUUAUGCCCCUUAUAUUAAAAAUGCUACUCGAUAAUAAAUGACUGAAUAAAAAACAUUCGAGGAAGAUACUAUUAGCCAAGGAAAUUCAGUAAAUGAUGACAGAUAUAGUUAGCAUUCAGAGAUUAAUCCUAAUAAAAAUAGGGAGAGUGUUAUAAGUAUGGAUUAAGGUACAAAACUUGGAGAGCUAUAGAAAGAUAUUAACAGCUUCCAAGUUCUAGGAAUGAUCAGCAAGAAUAAAGAGCUAUUUUUAUUUGAAAAAUCAGUUGUUAUGAAAGAUGGAGUUGAGCAAUGGCUUCUCAGAGUAGAAGAAGCAAUGUAAGAAACUGUAGCUAAGCAAAUAAACUACGCUGUAAGUAGUUUCCCUAAGUAAUCACUUGAUGAAUGGAUCUUAGAUUAUCCUUAACAAGUAAUUCUUACAACAAUUCAUUUAAUAUUGUCUCAUGAAAUUAACGAACUCCUGGAGGAACUUAGUGAAUAACAUAGGAAGUAAGCUGAGGGUGAUCUCUCUGAAAAGAAUGAUGACAGUGAUGAAGAUGAUGACUCAGUAAAUGCGUCUCCUUCUCAUGUUAAUUCAAAUAAAAACAGUAAAAGAGCUAAUCUAUCAUCUGCAGGUCAUAGAACUUUUUCCAAAAAAUCUUCUAAAAGAAAUGUAUCCAACAAUGAAGAUGAUGAGGAUUAAGCGAUGAGAGAAUACCUAAGGAAAAAGAAUGAAUUGAAAGCUGCAUAGAAGGCCGAAGAGGAAGAAGAAAAAAGGAAAGUGCAAGAGGAAAUGAGAGAAAAAUAGGAAGCUAAUGAAUUGCCUAGAGACCCUGAGAAAGAAAAGAGAAAGUUUGUUGAUGAAAUGUUUGGAAAGGACUUCCCUGCUGAUUCAAAAUUGCUCGUAGAUAAAUCUGUUUUCGAAAAAGCUGAAGAAUAAAAAAUGAUAGCAGCUGCGAAGGGACAAAUAUGGAAGCCUCCUGAAUUUAAAGAAAUAAGAGAUGUUGUAGAUAACUUAAUAAAAAAGAAUGUAAUUGAGUAAAAUGACUUUGAAUGGCAAUCUUAGAUUAGAUUAUUGUGGACAGGAAUUGAGCCAGGUUGUAGGAUAGAUUGUGGAGGAUGGUCAACUUAUUAGUAAAAUGAGUAUUUAGGAUCCACGCCUAGGCUAACUUUAACUCCUCUAACAAAUAGAUACUUCAUUUUCUUAUCAGCUGCUCUCAGAGAAAAAUCUGCUGUCAUGUUCAAAUGCGCUCCAAGUUAAUCUGAGGCUGGAGAUGUCUUUGAAGAAUUCGCUAAUAUUUGCAGUGUUCCAUUCAGAAAAUUCUAAUGUAAUCCUAUUGUUCAAAUGAAAAUGCUUAUGUAAUAGCUCAAUGGAGCAGCUUUGGCAUCUGUGUGGGUAUUUUUUGAGCAUAUUGAUAAGCUACCAUUUAUUCAUUUCUAGGCAUUUAAUAAGGAAAUUUAAAUGGUUCAAUAGCAAUUCAUCAUUGCAGAACUUUCAGCUUAGGAUGGAGGAAAUACAUCAAAUAGUAAGAUCUAAUCUCAAUAGAAACAAAGAAAUGGAGAGAUGGUCAUCAAUGAAAAUAAUUUACAUAGUGGAUAUAAUAUCGGAUUAUCAAGUGCGACAAACAAUAAAAUUGUUUCUUAACUGUCUUCUGCUCCAUAGACCUCAUAGAUCACAUCUCAAAUUCCAGAUAAGUCAUCAAAGAUUACAAGGACUAAUCUACCAUAAGCUUAGUAGCAAUUCACAAAAGCUGCUAAGAUAUGCUUUGGAGUGUUUGGAAGUAUUUCUCAUGAUUUUCUUAUAAAUCAUUCUGAUCUUGCAUAGCAAGUCCUCACUCAUUCUUAAUCUGCAUUCAGAAUACUAGCAUUGACAAGACCCAAUGAAACGUAAGUCUUUAAAAUUUUAAUGAAACAAUAUGGAUUUGAUAACUAUGAUGAGCUUGCAUUAAUGACUUUUAACUUUAUUGAGAGAUUUUAUAAAGCAAAAGAUUAGCUUAUUAAAGAACUUAAAGUAGAGGAUAAAUUAAAAAUACAUGAGCAAUUGAAUACCAAAGAUAUGAGAGUAAUAAUAAAACUUGCCUACCAAUUGAUGGAUCAGGAUUAUUAAUUCUACUUAAAUAAAAAGAAAUCUGAGUAAAUUGUUUAAAUACAGAGAGAAAUAUUAAGUUUCUAAAAAACAAAAGAACAGAAAUAAAAGGAAAGCGAAGAUUACGAUUAUCAGUUCUCAUAAAUCGAACUCAGACUAGAGGAUGUAAUUCAAAGUGAGAUUAAAGCAUGCUUCAUAAUAAAGUUAGAAAUUAUCAAAGAAGAUAUUGAUACUAUUGGAGAUGAUUCACAGUAAGUGCUAACAGAUGAGCAAAAGAUGCUGAUCCAUAAGGCUAAUUAAAGAAGGGAAAUAAUAUCCAACCAUGAUGUUCUACAUCGAUACAACAAAAGUAGUGGUCUACACACUCUAAUUCAUGAUAAUAACUAGUUGGAAAAGGAUAAAAAGCUCAUUGAUGCUUUAAAUUUUUCUUUGAGAGAAGUUGUUGAUAAGCUCAUUAAUUGGCCCAACUUGUUCUGGUAAAACUAGCAUCCUUAAAAUAAUUUCAAGUUGAUUUCCUUUGGAGUUAAAAUGAGAACUUCAGUAGUUAAUAGCGCAACCUACAGCCACGAUGAGUUAUAUGGGACUGUAGAAGCUUUUAACAAAUCUAACAAAGGAGAUGGAAAUAAUAGCUUUAACAAACUUGGAAUCUUCCAGAUUAUCUUAGAUGUGUUUGAAAAGGAAAGAGCAUAGAUUCCUGAAAAAGAAAGGCCUAAACAUAUUCAGUCUAUAUUCUUAGAUUCUGUAAAUAUAGAUUCGCAUAUGAGUGAAAGUAUGUUAGAAUUUAUUACUAAAUCUAAUAAGAGGGAAAACAUAAACUAGAUUGACACAAGACAUAUACUUGAUCUUACAAAACUGGAUAACUAAGUCGACUAAAAUAAUGAUGAAACCAUACCAAUCACGAUGCCUAAUGGAAAUGUAGUAAUGUUCCCAUAAAAUCUGUAUAUCUUCUUCGAGGCUACUUCUCUAAAAGAUUCAUCCCCUGCUUUUAUUUCAAAGAUAGGAUUGGUAGUUACUGAGGAUUCUGAUUUGGAUUGGGAAAACUUGUGUUAUAGACAAAAGAACUUACUUUUCAAAAAACAUGGGAAAUUUUUUGACGAGCAAAGAUUAAACUACGAAAUGCAUAUAGAUGAUUGCAUGAGAGAAUUUUUUGAACCAUUUAUAACAGCAAUUAUCAACCACUCCAAAAUUAAAAUUUCCUUGCAUUUCAAUGUAAAAUCUAGCAUUCUAUAAUUCUUCAAUAUUUUGAAUGCUGUAUACUUCAGACUAAAGGAAAUUUGCUUAGAAAAAAUAUAGAAUGAUGAUUAAAAUAUGUAUAUGCUAAAUGAAUGUGAAAGAGAUGUAUUUUGGUCAUCAAUUCUAGUCAGUACAAUAUGGUCAUUUGGUGCUCCUCUUAAUAAGGAAUAAAGAAAGGUUUUUGAAGAGCAAUUUUUCAACUACAGAAGAAAGUUUAAUGUAAAUAUUGCAGGAGCAGGAAGACAGAGGUUUACUCUAUUUGACAUAUAUUUUGAUUGUGAUAAUCUAGCUUGGGAUCUAUUAUAAGAGAAACUAGAAUACAAGUUAAAGUUGCAUUAUGACGCCUAAAAUAACUAGCUACUAAUUCCUACAGUUGAGGUUUCUUAGUCUUACUUUUUAAUGGAUAUGAUCCUAGGGGGUCUUAAAUAUGAUGAUUCCCUUGAUAAGCACUUUAGAAUUUUAGGGCCAAGUGGAACUAGCAAGAGCAUCGCAAUAAAUACAUUUAUUAAGAAAUAUAGUGACUAGUAUAAGGGAAUAAUUUUACCAAUGAGUUGCUAUUUAACACUAGACAAACUAAAGGAUGAAUUUGAAACAAACUACACAGCUAAAAGAAGAAAUUAACUCGAACCAACAGACAAGAAUAAAAGAGUCAUUUUUAUAAUUGAUGAUCUUCAUCUUCAGUCAAACCUGAAGAUUAAUGUGUUGGAAUUCAUUAGAACAUGGUGUGUAAGCAAAGGUUACUAUGAUUUGAAGAGAGGAUUUUUCAAAAAUGUUGGGGACUUUGGUACUGUGAUGGCUGAAAAUUCAGAUUAUAGAGUUAAUUAUUGCAAAUCAUAAGGAAGAAGUACUACACAGUCGAGAUUUUUGUUUUAUAGUAAUACUCUAUACGUUGAUGAAUAUGAUUUUGACCGAUACAAAAUAUUUGUUCAGCAUUGGCUCACUUCCAAAAUGUGGAAUACUUCAAAACUAAUUAACAAAUAUUACAUUUUGAUGACCAAUAGCAUAAUGGCUUUAAUGGAUAAACUUAAAAGAUAGGAAUACUUCCAUAACGCCUAAUUUCUUAGGUUAACCAAUUUCCAUAUCUUCGCUAGAUUCUGUGCUAAUUUAGCCAAUUAUACAAUCAUCAGUGAUGAUCCAAAAGAAAUUAUGAUUAAAGGCUUAAAGGAAGAGGACUCAGCUGCAAAUAUGAUGAUUUAUGAAAUGAUUAGAGCUUAUGGAGAUAGGAUCCUCAUACCUAACCAUAGAACAGCAUUCAUUUAAAGAGUUAUUGACGCUUGCAAGCAAGAAUUCGUAAGUGGAUAGCAUCUUAAUCCUUAAUACGCUGAUUCGAUGUUACUUGGAAACUAUCAUUAAAGAAGAUAUGGUUCUCAUAUAAAGUAUUUGUAUAUGAAUCAUGAAAUGAAAGAAGUAAGAGACGAAAUUAGAGAGAAAAUAAGAAAGUGCUCAAAUAAUCAUUUCUUAGAGACAUUCCUCGAUGCACCCAAUGGUCCCAAAGAAAUUUUCAGACUCAGUAGAAUAUUCUUUAAGGAAUAGCAGCAUCUAAUACUAUUGGGACAUUCGGGCUGUGGGAAACAUGAAUACUUAUAAUUGGCAGCAAUUUUAAACGAUGGUUUAAUAUUUGAGUUGAAUACUUCUAAGUUUGGAGAGCCAAUCAAAUUUGCUUAGGUUUUCAAACAAGCAGUGCUAUCUGCAGUUCAGCUCAAUGCAUUUUCAUUCAUAAUAAUUAAUGAUCAGCAAUUACGAGAUCCAGCUUACAUUGACUUCGCAUAUAAUUUCAUCAAUAACAUUAAUAAAAAUGAGACUUGUAUCAUAAUGGACAAAGACUUUAAGUAAUCACUAAUAGAUAUUGAGAAGGAACUUGUCAAUCAAAAUACUGCAAGAAGAAAUGCUGACUCUAAUACUGACAUUUUAUUCCUUUAAGCAAUGAGAAAGAUUCAAAAGAAUGUCCACAUAGUAUUUAUGAUUAAUGAUUUUGGCUCUUAUUAUGAAUGGGUUUCACUAUUUCCAGGCCUUGAAAGCAAAUGUGAAGUUAUUUACAUGGACGAGCUAAGUUCUGAAGGAUAUAGACAAUUAACUAGUGAGUUUUUCUCACAAAGAGAUAUUGACAAUACUCUUUUAACUAGCCAUAAUUUAGUGAAGGCUCUUGUUGAAACUAGAUAAAUAACGAAACAUAAAAUUUUGAGUUUAUUUUAUUCAACUUAAAUGUUGCAAUUUACAUGUAAUGAAGACUAUAUGUCUACUCAGUGUGGAGAAUAUGUUUUCAAUAGUGAUUAAAAACUUCAUGGCUUUUUAUAUGGCAAUGGGGAUUUUGUGAUUAAUGAUCAAACUCAUAAGCAGUUAAAUUACAAUUUACCUGUAGAAAUCAGCUCAUUAUAUAAGUCAAGAUAUGUCAUGUUCUUAGAGCUAUUUAGAUUCCUAUAUGAUUUUCUAUCAAUGAAUUUGGUAAUCAGACGUAAUUAUUUUGAAACAUUUUUAAGAAAAGCUAGUGAAUUCCAAGAUUUUUUUAAGGAUAUUAAAUCAACUAAAUCGGUGCUUCAUAAUGAAUCUAAUUAAAUAACUUUUAAACUCGCUUAAUUAAAAGAUAAAAUACAAAAAAUAGCUUAAAUUAUUGUUGAAAAAGAAAGCAACAUCAACAGAAGAAUGAAAGAUAUUAGUGAUCUCGAAAUCGAACUUAAGAAUAACAAAGAUGAAUUGAACUCUGUGAUUUUUGAAAAGGAUUAAAUGAUGGAUGAGAUUUUAGAUCAUUUAGAAAAGAUUAAUGGAAGUGAGUUUAAUUAUGUUAUAAGCCUACAGUAAUUUAAGCCAAAUGAGAAAGCACUUCUUGACAUUUUUGGAAUCGUAGUAGAAAAAGAUCAUAGAGUCAAUGGCUAUAUUAAAAAUGAAUUUGAUAUGUACUUUCUGAAUAGAGAAGAGUUAAUCAAUCUUUUAAAUGAUAGAAGAAACUUUGAAUUUGAUCAGAAUUGCUUUAAUAGGCUUAAAGACUUUAUAAACUAAUUUGCUGUGAAUGACUAUAAAGAUAAACCUCUUUUCAAGCAACUGUUUAAUUUCUUUAUGGAACUUUACAGAAAACUUAAUGUUAGAAACACUAUGUCAAACACCUUCACAAGAAUUAAAGAAAUCAAAGAAGGAAUUGAUUCUCAUUAUUUUUCAAUCAAUUACUCAAGACAGUUUAUAGAAGACAAAAAAGAAGAAAUGGAGGGACUCAAAACAAAAUAUGAGAGAAUUAAAGAUCAAGAGUCAAGCUUAUCAAAGAGAAUUGAAGAAGCGGAAAUUUCUCAUAUGAGAACUGAACAUAUAUUCCAGUAGGUCGAAAAAUAUACUAAUAAGAUUUAUGGAAAACUGACAGACGUAAAGAGAAGAAUUGAGUUCCUUCUAGGAGAUUGUAUAAUCAUGGCAUCAUCAGUCGUUUAUCUUGGAGUAUUCUCAUUUAAAGAAAGACUCUAAGUCAGAAAAGAACUUUUUGAAUACAUUUCAGGAGUAAGCUCAAUUAAAUGUAGUCCAUGCUGGAACGAAAUCAAUCCGACAUUAAAUAGCUAAAGUAAACUGUUCAAACAAGUUAUUAAAGAAUAUGGACUAAGAAAAAUUAUUCAAACGCACAAUUUCUCUGGUAUCAUCUCGCAGCCCAUCAUUGUUGAAUCAUUGUUCAGCAUGAUAUUUGCUCCUUCUUGCACAUUAUUGGUAGAUCCUACUGGAUAAUUAUAAGAGUUUAUGCAAAAUAAAUUGCUCACAAAUCUUAAGAUAAAGAAACUUUAUGGAUCAGAUCUAGGAGUGAAUUCUAAACUAGAAUAAGUAUUAAGAUCUUCUUCGUUUGCUCUGCUUAAUGAUGUUAACGACUAAUCCAAAGACACAUACGGUCUUUGCUAGGAUGAAUCGCUACUUAAUAGGCUUUCUACCACGACACAUAAUGGAUUUGACUUUGAUUAUGAAAGAAUUUCUAAACUGAAGCAGCUUCACUGCUUAAAUGCCUAUCAUAAUUCUUAUCAGAGUGUCAACAAAAGAAUAUCCACUCACACUCCUGAGUAUGAGAAUUUGUCAUUCUAUCAAGUUUAAAUAUUCUCACCUAGGUUUGAAUUCACUUUAAACAAGGAAUAUCUCAGCAAAGUAAGCAUGUUUGUGGCGAUGAAUAAUGACACUGAGAUAAUAAGAGGAGAUGUAGUAGGGGCUCCUUGGGUAGAAAUUAAAGAGCUCAUGUUGAAACAUUUCUUGCCUGAGGACCAUAAAAGGCUUCUAUAAAUAAGAGCAAAGCUUAAAGAGCUAGAAACUAAGAAAUCAGAGCUUAAUAAAAACUUUGAAAACGCAUUUUUAGUUGCAAAUUAAGAAACGUUACAAAAUAUUAAUGAGUAUACUCAACUGAAGUAAAGCGUUGAAGACAUAAAAUUCUCACAAGAAGAGAGAAGACUGUUCUAGAAAUCUCUCCAAGACCUGCUUAAUGAGAACAAUCUACUUAACUCUUACUCAAAUGUUCUUACGAUAAUCUAUAUGAGUUUAAAGAAACUUUCUAAGGUAUCUAAUGAGAUUACAUAUUCCUGGAAAAUGUUCUUAAAUGUUGUUGACUAAAUACUUUUUAAGAUAGUCAGAGACUUGAACACAGAUCAAUUACAGUCAAAAUCUAAGAAAAAGAAUGACCAGUCGAUGGAAUCUAUUUCUAUUUCUCUUCAUGGUCAUGGAGAAGUAGGAAUGAGAUCUAAAAACCUUAUUAAUCCGUAACCAAUUCACAAUAAAUCUCAAUCUAUCAAAGAUUAAAGAGAAUUUACUAUUGACGAAGAAUUCUUUUCUACUGUUAUUAUCCCUUCAAUUUAUGGUACUAUAAUAUCUGGAAUCAAGCAGUAUCUAGUUCCAAUCUUUAAUCUUAUACUAUCGGUGCUUGUUUCAUUUAAAAAGAAGGAAAUUACAGAGCCUGAGUAUGAGUUCUUUUUUAAGCAGCUAUUCUUACUAAAAGAUUUUUACAAAUGGAGAUAAGCAGAGGCUGAAUUCAUAGACCUUGAUGCUAAGGUUGAGAAAACCAAAUUUUAUGCUUUCAAAAGAGAAAUAUUAAAGGUGUAUCCAGAUUCUGGCAGAAAGGUAAUGGAGCACAUUGAGAGAGAGUUAGGGUAGAGUUUCAGCUACAGGCAAGCUUCAUUGACUAUUUAUGGUAAAACUUUCUAGCAGCAUCCAGAUUUCAAGAAUUUAAACCUCAUGCAAAAGAUAAACCUUGGAUUUCUCUGCCCUGACCAUGAAUUCAAGUCAAAAAUUUGCUAGCUCGUUUACGAGUAACUCUCAUCCAUCUUUUCAUUUACUGAGGAAUUUAUAAAACUACACCAUUUUAUUAAGACAGCAUCUUGGCAACACCCAAUUGCACUGUUCAGUCAAAAUCAAAUUAACAUCAUCAAUACUGUGUGUUCUAUUGCUUCUUAUUAUGGAGUAGGUCUUGAAGUAUUAAGGACAGAUCUUCCUAAUACAGAUAUCUAGCAAGAGAAGAAGAAUCAAAAUUAAGAGCUAAAUCAAUCGAUUCGAGAUAACCUUAAAGAUUACUCAAGACUAGAGAAGGAGUCUUACAUGAGUUACUAAUAAAGGAUUGGAAGGGAAUCUGUGACAUAUCAAGGAAUGAGUAAAUCCUCUGGAUUGCCAUGUGAUGCAAAAGUAAAUCAUGAUGCUACCUUGGAAAAAGAGAAUUUAGGCAUUGAAGAAAAGAGUCUUGGCAGCAAUCAAUCGAAUGAUCAGAAUCCACUUAAAAUGAUUGAGAAUUGUGCUCUUAGUGGAUCUUGGGUGUUCAUUUCUACUUUAAAAUUCCCAUCUUUUUGGCAUAAGAUGUGCUAAAUGAUAGAAAACUUGAAACAACAGAACAAAAUACUAAACACGUUUAGAGUUUUCAUAGACUUACAAGGUUACUAGCAAAAUGAAAUUCCUGAUAGUUUUCUGUUUGACCACUCGAUAUCAUUCUAUUUGACGGACUUAAACAAUGAGGAUAUGGAAGGUUAUAACGACGUUUGGGCAAAUAUUCUUAAUGACAAAAUUCUAACAGAAUUAACAAGCAUUUUACCUCCAAAAGAUGCAGCACAAAAAGCUAAAGAACAGGCUGAAGAACCAGAACCAUUUGAUAUUAUUUAGGAUAAUCUUAAUGCAUAAUAACCCUCAGGCCAUUAAGCUAAUAUGUUUGAAGAAAUGAAAGAUAAGAUUUCGACACAAGAUGCAUUAAUCAAAGACGACAAGCAGAGAGAACUAUACAAAGACUUUCUCAGAAAUUAGCAAGUGGAAUAGGCAAAGAAUAGUAAUAACAACACCCUUAUUUUUGGAAGUGAACCAACAGAGGAGAUUAAAUAAGAGGCAGCUCCAAUUAGCAAUGUGAAGAAAGUGGAAAAUUUCAAUGAUCUUUUAUCUGAUAUCAAAAGUAUUGGAACCAUAAAUUCAAAAGAGAAAUUGGAGCUUUUCAAGGGAGUUUCAUAGUAAGAUUUGAAUCAAUUAGAGUCUCCUGUGGAUAAAGAGGAGCAAAAAGAGGAUCAGCUGGAUAAUGGAGCCAUUGUAAGCAGAAUUAAUUCUAUCCAUAACAGCGUAGAUCUUUCUCGAGGUGAAAAUGCCCUUAUUCAAGAACUAAAAGAGUAAUUUGAGGAUAGUGGAAUUAGGGAUCUGAGAAAGCAAGCCUCUCAAAAAACAAAUGAAAAUUUUAUGGCUUAAAGAAGUCAAGAAUCAUUAAUUUAAAAGGUGAUGAAGCCUGAAAAUAAAGAUUUUACUGGUGAAGGUCAAUCCCCUGAUCAAAGUAUUAAACAACCUGGGAAAUUUAUGAUGAAUUUGGAAAAUAUUUCUGAUAAUGAAGCAAAUGAGGCUUUUGAUGAAUUUUAAAAUAAUCUAUCUAAAUCUAAAUCUUCAAGCAAGAAACUUAACGAUACUUCAGAAUUACUAUGA